GGCAUUGAUGUUUAUUACACCCCUCCUGAUCUCACAACUUCCUGUUCUUGAUUGUCAAGUUUCCUGUCCAACUGGAUGGAUAAAUCGUCCCAGAUAUUGCUACAAAUUCUAUAAUGACAGGUUGUCAUGGCGACUUGCAGGGGAACAAUGUAAAUUUGAUGGAGGAUUUUUGACCUCCAUUGUUGACAGGCAUGAGAAUGAUUUCCUUGUAGAAUCGUUUAGAAAUCUGACAUCCUUAGCCUGGAUAGGAAUGGAUUCUACAGGACUCUGGUUAGAUGGAUCGAGUUCUCAAGGUUUCUCAAAUGGCUUUAGAUAUGAAACACUAAGCACGAGCAGAUGUUCAGUGAUUAAUCUUGAACAAAAUGGAACGUGGAACGUAUUAGAUUGCCUUGCCUCCAGACUCAACUUUAUCUGCAAGAAGAAUCAAGAUCGUGGCCAUGGCGACGUAACCACCGAUACAGUAAACGGUGAGGAUGAAGAUACGAUAGGCUCACCAACGGGACUUUCUCGUUCGCUCUUAGUCUUCCUCUGUUUAUGUUCGGUCGUCGCCAUCACGUGUAUUGGCGGUUGCAUAAGCAGUCCCAUCGGAACUUUUCUUGCCAAAUGUCUGUGGGAAUGCCUGCUCGCCAUCUGCAAAAUUAUGGCAGAUACGGUGAUUGGUUUCUUUGGCUGGGUAUACGAGUGGCUUUGCAUUUUAGGACUGGCCAUCCAGUUAUGUUUUAUUCACCUAUACCGAUGUUUUACUUGCAAAGAGCUGCGCAGAAAGCGACGGGAGAGACGGGAAAGGACACCUCCGGAGCCUGAAACGCAGGAACCACUAAGGGCUCCACUGGCCAGUGUUUCCACAGCCCCAAAAUAAAUUUCCUGAAAUUCAUAGAUAUUUCCUGGAAUUUUCAAGAUUGAUUUUACACGAAAAUCAGGCAAUAAUACAGCGAGCCUAAAUUCGGCCUAGGUGGCCCAAAUCAAGGAUUUUUGCAAAUUUUUGUUCACGCCCUCUUUAAAAAGAAGAACAAAAUUACAAAUGCGAGCGCAGAGCGCGAGCGCCUGAGCUACAUAUGGCUAUAGUGUAAAACACUAUUAGAAUAUAACCUGAGUAUCAUGAAUAUUGAUAAUUUCUAUGUUUAAUUGUUGUUUAAUUGCAAUUUUCGGAUUUCCCGGAAUUUCCUGGAUUUUUUUUCAUUUCCCGGAAAUUACCUGGAAAACGUCUGGAUUUCCCGGAAUUCGGGUAAUUUCCUUCAAAGUGGAAACACAGCCACUGGCCGAAGCCGAACCGGAUAUGCAACCGAGAUCUUUUCCGACGGUACCACCCGAACCCCCUCCAUCGUUUAGUGACGUCACUUCCGAUCAUCAAGGCCCAGCAGGUAGGGGUUCUCUGGAACCAACAGCUCCCCCGCCGUCACCACCGUCGACACACUCCGACAGAACUGCACCACCAUCCUACGAGGAUGCUUUAAAUCCAACGUUAAAUGUGCGAUCUUCACACAAUACAUGCAAUACAGAUGGGACUAUGAAUCCCCCGACUUACCAAUCAGUGUCUAGAUCUUGAUUUGACACAACUGUUCCGAUUUCUCAUUUGGUAGUAACAUCCUUGAUGAAUUAUUUAAAAUGAAUAUUCAUUCAUCUUGAAAAUAUUUUUGAUGAAAGAAAUGAUUUCUAUUGCAUUCACACUCGAUAUGGCGAGUUAGUUUUACAUUAUUUUUUCUACUAUGUAUCUCACCAUGUCAAAGUUCAACUUUGUACAAGUCGACUUUGCAAGAUAUAUUCAUUUGUGUUGAUUUGUAUGGUUUUUAUUUUAUAUCUACGCCUAUGUGAUUAUUUCUUAUCUUGUAUUGAGUUGAGGAAUGAAAUAAAACUUGAACUUGAACUUGAUAGCUGAUCUCGCCAUGUCGACAUAAUAAUGCCAUUUUAAAGUCGACAAAGAAAAAUAUGAUAUUUCGCCAUCUCGUCAAUGACUCUUCUGGAGUUACAUAGAUGAACCUUAAAGCAGUUCUGACAGAGUGCAUCUACAAUAUUAGCUUUUUGUUAAAUGUGAAAAUCUAGGCUGAAAAAUUGAGUUCGCUGAAAAUCGUCUACACAAAAACCCACACUUUAGCAUGUACUAUUACUUGGUAAAAAAAUAAAUGGAACGUCAUACUCAUUUUCUAAUAAAAUCAUUGCCUUUUAUU